CCGUAGAUAGAUGUAAACAGGAAGUGACGCAACAUAUGCUGUAACUGCUAACGCGUUUGUCUUUUUAUGAUGUUGUUUUGUAAAUUUGACAUAUUUAGAGAAGACCAGCACUGUUUCUGUACGACUUUUGAAGCGCUAAACAUGCGCAGCAGAUAGUUAGCAGUUAUUUUUGGAGUCAUGGCCGCUAAAAGAGAGAAAAGCUUUCAGUUCGUGGUGAUUGGAGGCGGCAUCGCCGGCGUGACAUGCGUGGAGGAGCUUUUCACGCAGGUUCCGUCCGCAGACGUGGCUCUGGUCACAGCAGGUCCCCACAUAAAAGCCGUGACGAACUUUAGACAGGUGUCAAGAACCGUGGAGGAGUUUGAUGUGGAGGAGCGACCGUCCCGCGUGCUGCAGGAGAAGUUCCCCGCCCUCACCGUCAUCCAUUCAGCCGUUAAGGCCCUUCACGCGCGGGACCACUCUGUUGAAACUGAAGACGGUGGAGUGUUUGGUUAUGAGAAGCUGUGCAUCUGCAGUGGAGGAAGACCAAAGCUUCUGAUCCAGGACAACCCGUAUGUGGUGGGAAUACGGGACACAGACAGUGCCCAGGAGUUUCAGAAGCGUUUAUCUAAAGCCAGGAGAAUUGUUGUGGUUGGAAACGGAGGCAUCGCCUUGGAGCUGGUGUAUGAGGUGGAGGGCUGUGAGGUGAUUUGGGCGGUGAAGGACAAAGCCGUUGGAAACACCUUCUUCGAUGCAGGAGCGGCGCAGUUCCUCAUCCCAUCACUAGAGGCCGCCAAACCACAGGAAGCUGCUCUCUGCAAGAGGCCCCGCUACACCACAGAGGAGCCUGGGGGGGUGCAGACCUUCACAGCAGACAGAAAUUCCCACAAACAUGGCGGUUGGACAAACCCCGGCAGCGCUCUGGGUCCAGACUGGCAUCAAGGAAUAGUUCUCCGAGGAGCAGAGCAGGUGACCCGCAGAGUUUCCGUGGAAUACCAGUGCGAGGUGGAAAAGAUCUGCACCCCCGAGGAGCUGCUCCCUUCUGCAGAGCAAACACUGAAACCGGACACUGUGGGAUCCUGGCCAGUUUACAUCCAGCUGACCAACGGAAAGGCGUUUGGCUGUGAUGUCAUCGUCAGCGCCAUCGGCGUUGUCCCAAAUACCCACCCUUUUCUACCUGGCAACUCUUUUGCACUGGCAGAAGAUGGCGGUCUGCAGGUGAACGACCACAUGCUGACAUCAGAGCCAGACGUUUAUGCUGCAGGAGACGUGUGCACGGCAUGCUGGGAAGCCAGCCCUCUGUGGCAUCAGAUGCGUUUGUGGACGCAGGCCCGUCAGAUGGGCUGCUACGCCGCUCGCUGCAUGGCGGCUGGCGUCCUCUCUAAAGCCGUUGAGCUGGAUUUCUGCUUCGAGCUCUUCUCGCACCAAACCAGGUUUUUCAACUACAAGGUGGUUCUGCUGGGGAAGUUUAACGCUCAGGGGCUGGGCUCCGAUCACGAGCUGCUGGUCAGAUGCACCAAAGGCCGGGAGUACGUCAAGGUGGUCCUGAGUGGAGGGAGGAUGGUGGGAGCAGUUCUCAUCGGGGAAACAGACCUAGAAGAGACUUUUGAAAACCUGAUCCUCAACCAGAUGGACCUGACUCCAUACGGAGAGGAGCUGCUCAACCCCAACAUUGAUAUCGAGGAUUAUUUUGACUGAGCUCCGCCCAAAACCCCAGGAUCCACAGGGAUCACAUGGUGGGUUCUGUGAGAAAUAAUGGAUGAGAGGUUGUCCUCGUUUAUAUCUUUGUAAAAUUCAAAUUAUUUUUUAGAAGGAAUCAUUUAUAAUGUGUUUCUUGAACUACUAUUACCUGUUUUACAUCAAAGUGGGCUAAAAACAUACAGAUUCCACAGCUGUACACUUCACUGCUGCUGCUUACUUAUGAUUGUUUUUAUGCAAAGGUUUGACUCAUAUUAUAUUCAAACUUAGUAAGAUAAAAUCAAAACAAUCCUGUGUUUCCAUGCUGUGUAAAUUAAAACCUCAUGUAGGUGAGAAAUCAUCAUCAUCAGCAUAGAGUAGGACUGAAAUGUAAAAAAGUUGCUGCUAAACAUGGAAACUUCUUGACUCAAACUGUUAAAUUUGGUUUAUGAGUUUGUUUCUAGGAUGAAAGCAAAGAAAAAGAAGACAAAAGUAUGUCAAUACCUCCAAUCUGUUUUAGAUGUUAAUUCAUAAAGCGUUUGGAAAAUAAAGCAAUAAAGUGGCCAUCA